CAGAGUGAUACAUCUCCCACAUAUCUUCAUCGCUACCAGGAGCGGAGGGAAAAGUGAAUUUCCAGCCGCUUUUCCACAGCUGUUUUCCAAGUUUUUCCAGCUUUAAGUCUCCGUGAAAAGAGUCCAGUGAGUCCCCCGGAGCUACUUUUUCCAUGCUGAACUCAAACGCAGCUCUGCGCUGCUUUUUAUCCAGGGUCUCGUCCAACUGUUGAUGUCUCUGCUGUGUGGAUGCGGCUUUUCUGGAGCCAGGAUCACCUCUGAGUGCAUCACAGGAGCAACAGAAGGCUGUUUGCUUUGUGUUGGGAAUGAGGAGCAGCUUUUUCUACACGAUGUGACCAAAGAUGAUGGUCUGAUCCUGUAGCCUCCUCCCUGCUCCUCCUCUCAGCUCUACCCCACUGACUCCUCCUGGGUUCCCCCGGCGUCCGCCCUCUGCUCGUCCCUCAGAAAUGCGCUUUGGAAGCUGAGGUUCCUGCUCUGAUGGUGGAGAGCAUCGGGAUCCUCCGCAGGAACAAGAUGCCAGUAUGCCCAUCACUCAGGACAACGCCCUCAGCAUCCUCCUGCUGCUGGAGGACUGGCUCCGGGCUCAGACGCUGAGAUCUACCCAGACUGAGAGCAGAGAAGAAGAACGUUUGGAGACUCAGAUGUUCAUACCGCUUAUGGAGCAUCCAGACAUGGCUGUGCUGGUAGCUGGGAAACUCUACCUGGUUGAGCAGUGCUGGAACGGCGGAUGCAUCUACUUGAUCCUUUUGCGGCGGGUGAAGCGAAAGGCCCCUCUGCCUCCUUGUGUCGGGGAAAGCGUCCUCAGUCCUGAGCGGCUGGAAUGCAGCGAGAACCAGCAGGACCAGCAGCAGGACACAGCUGAUAGUGAUGUGGCAAACUACAAACGCACUCGCAAGUUUGGUGUCAUAUCACGGGCCUCCUUCCAUCGAGACCAGGAGGAAAGUCCUGAAUCAGAGAUCCAAAGCUGCACCCAGAGCCCUCCAUGUAAUGCAGAUGCAGGAGUCCGUCCCGCCCUGGAGGACUCUGACUGCAGCCCAGGCUCCUCUCCUCAGAUUAGAAAAGUUCAGUCACACAAUGGCACUGCUGCAACGCUGCCUGGGAGAAGUCACAGCCAGAUGGUGGAGCGCAGGAUGCACUCCUUCACCGGUGAAGCUGCAACCCAGGCCAGAGAGGGCAGCCACAUCUGGAAGAUGCACAUGGUGAAGGGUCAUGAGGGUCUUGGCAUUCAGAUAACAGGGGGGCGGGGCUCCAGGCGCUCUUCUCAAGGCAUCAUUAUUGCUCAUAUAGAGAAGGGGGGCGCUAUUCACAGAGUGGGCGGCAGCAGUCGGCUGGAGUCGGUGGGUGAGGACGACGAGCUGCUCGUGGAGAGCAGCAUCUGUGGCAUCGAGGCGGCAGAGAAACCUCCAACCGGCCGACGGAAACACUCCUUACCUCAGCAGCUGGACGCCACUGGAGUCAGACAGGAAUACCAGAUAAUUAAGAAGUCGGCCCGCUCCCUGAGCACCAUUCAGGUGGAGUCUCCAUGGCGACUGGCCCAGCCGUCCAUUAUCUCCAGCAUAGUGCUGAUGAAAGGCCAGGGGAAGGAUGAGUCAGAGGUGGACUUUGAACACUUUCCCUCCACAAGCCUUCCAGACAUCGUCAGCACCUGCAGGUCCUCUCUACCCCCCUGCUCCUCCCAGACUUUCUGCAGCACCACAGGUCUUCACAAUUCCUCCCAGUUAUCCAGCCUGGAGAACCUGGAAGACUUCAACCACGGGAAGGACUCAGAAGGAUGCAGUCCUACUCCCAUGAAGAUGGCCGCCCAGUCACAAGGAGAUGAGAUUUUGGAGGUAAACGGAGAGUCGCUCCAAGGACUCACUCACCAACAGGCCAUCCAGACCUUCAAGCAUUUGAAAAGAGGUGUUGUGACGCUCACGAUUCGCACCCGUCUGCGGAGUCCCAGUCUAACUCCAUGUGCAACGCCAACCCUUCCCAGUCGCUUCAGCUCCCCCAGUUCUUACACCAGUGAGGGCGCCCCUUCGCCAACAGGCCUGGAAGAGGCUGACGGCCUCAAGGGUCCCGGCUUGGGUCCAAAAGACUUUGUCAUUAUGGAGGUUACUCUUAAUAAAGGUCUGUCCAAUAAGAGUGCCUGGGCGGCGGCGCGGUCGAGGUCUGGAGACAGCCCCUCCGCCCUCAGCUGGACCAUGAAGAGGUUCCUGGAGCCUGCCAGCAGAGCAUCCCUGAGCUCAGAGACAGAGCUUUCCCAGUACUUCCCUCAUGACCUUUCUGGCCAGCCCGCCGCCCCCAAAUCCGGUCUGAAGAGCUCAAACAGUGAUCAAGGGCUUCACCAGCUGGGCUUCAGUACCUCCACAGAAGACGAGCUUUCACAACCCCGAGGACUUGGCACCUCCGUGACGAACAUAAACCACGACCCUGAAAGCAUCGCAUCGAGCAGCCAGACCUCGGUCCCCUUCCAGCCCUUUGUGGAGCCCCUUUGCCCCGCCCCCUCUGCCCACAGCCCCACCUCAGUGCGGAGCCCCCUGCUCCGCCAGCGACGGGUCAUAUGCUUAGAGGAGGAGCUUAGUGACAAUGAGGCCCACGAGGCUGAGUUACUAAAGCCCCCAAAACAGCCCGAUGUUCCACCCUCAGCACAGGCAUUGGAUCCCACACUGAACCUCUGUCCCAGGGAGGGGGAAGGAGGUUUUUACACCGUUACCCUCAAGAGAAGAGAGGAUGAGGCAUUCGGACUGGACCUGGAGAUCAUGUCCUCUCCUCUGACGGUCAUGGUUGCUGGUUUAAAGCCUGACCGGGCUGCAGAAUGGAACGGUGAAAGCAAACUCUGCCCAGGAGACCAGAUCAUGAAGAUCGGAGAUAAAGCUGUGAGCUCUUCAAAUUACCAGGAAAUCUGUGAACUUAUGCACAACCUUCCAAUGACUCUGUCUUUGGAGGUGAGGCGUGCUGCUUCAGCUGUAGAUCAGAUGUCCACCUCGUCAGCGGACGGCGGUGAUGAAACCACCAGAGGGGACAUAACCACAUCGGUUCCAGAGAAACAUCUUAAAGCUCCGUGUAGAAACUCAGAACCAUCCACGACCUCACAGCAAACUGAAAGUGGAUUCCAGCCGACCAUCUCCUGCAGACCUGAUGCUCCAUCAGAAGAACAUGGGUGUGACCCGCUCCUCUCAUUUGUCAGUGAAAACACUGCAGCACUGCAGAUGAACCACGGCGGCUUUAUUCAGCGUGCCGCCCAGGAUUGCCCUCCAUUUGCAGAACUGGUUUCCAAAACUGAAAAAAGUGAAUCUGCUUCUGACAACAACAGAGAGAGCGGUGAUGAUUAUUCUCUCCAUGAGAGUUCCGGUCCUGAGCAGGUGAAGCGUUGCUCCACGGAUCCACAGCAUCCAGAUGGUUUCAGGUCCCCUGAUAUGGACCGACUUUCCCAUGGAUCUAUGAAUAAUCAGGAACAUUCUGAGUCUCCACCAGACAAAGAGAGCACCGCUGAGGUUCCUCUGCUCUCUGACCUCAAUCACAUGCCAUGGGCCGCCCCUGAGGAGUCAACAAGGCCGUUACCCAGCAGGACGGGUAAUGGAUCCAUUAACCUGGACCCUGAAACCAUGACUCAUGAUACACGGUCCUCAGCUCUGUGCCGGAACCCGAUGAGUCAAACAUCUUCAGCUAAAUCCAAGGCUCUCCAUGUUGGACCACAGUCUGGAGGUUCUGACCUAAACGAGCGGGUCGUAGAAGAUCAAGCUGACUCAAACCCAGACGCUUGCUUUAAAUCUCCUGGUGGUUCAGAGAGUCCUGCAGAAAGCGAUGAACCCAAACAGCAGAUGGAAAAUGGUUCUUUGAUCCGCAAAGCUUCAGUUAUUCAAAGUAUCAGGUCCGCUUCAGUAGAACCAGAACAGACGUUCAGAAGUGAAAGCCCUUCUGAGACAAAUGUGGCCUUCAAGCAGCUCAGUAAAUUCCAGCCGGUAGCAUUCAUGUCCAGCUUCCUGAACCAGAACAAGCAGCCUGAGGUGAAUAGCAGCCCUGAAUCAUCCAGGACCGGUAACAGGAACCCAAACACAACCCGGCAUGGACCCACAGGUGGAACAGAGGAGAGCCAUUUAGCUUCCAGUUCAUCUGACAUUGAGGAGCAGCCGCCCUCGCCCAUGACUCAGAGGACAUUAUUACAACUCCAGCUGUCUCCUCUGCCUUCUCUCACCUCACCACCACUAAGAGCCGCCAAAGACUCUAAAAGCAAAGCCUACUCCAGGUUGGCCUCCCAGCUUUCUCCCAUUUCCAGAGGAGAAAUGACUAACGGCAGAGCCAGAAGUCAAGGCUUGAAUUCCCUGCAUCGUGUUAAAAAAGCUCAGCUAACGGCAGCAAACGGCCCAGAAGCAGGUCUGGGGUUAAAGUUCAGCUCUUCCAAGCUAAACGGUCCAGGACUGAGUCUUUCCAAAGACGUCAGCCUGUCCACAGACUGCAAGCCUUUCUCUGUCCGACAUAAAAUCAAGUCCUUCGAAAGCUUGGCCCACUUGGAUAGACCUGUAGCCAAAAGCAGCGAGGUCCACACGUUGGCGGUAGCGUACACCGCUUCGCUCAACCAGAGGAUUGCUGGAUAUAUGGACCUGGUUAAUUCUGUGCAUUGGCGCGGACAGCGAAGGAACAACGACCCUCUGACAGCAGCAGCGUCCCUCCCACCUCCUCUAAGCAAACCUGCUGAGGAUGAAGCUCAGAAAGCUCCAAAUGGGACCAUGACAAGGACCCCUCUGGUGCUACGAAGGAAACAUGGCCGCCUUCCCAGCAGGAAGGUGCAUCAGCUUCGGGCCGUCAGUAUGCCCGAUCUGGAAACGCUCUGCACCGAGAACUUCAGCCUAGGGAAUAAAGCUGCUGAUCCCAGCCGCCAAUCCGCUACUGCGGAUGACACGCCUUCUGAGGACGUACCUCAGGGGCCCCCAGAGGCCGAGAAGUAUGGCUGGUCCAUCAGAUUAAAGGAGUUGGUAGAAUGUCCUGUAAGUCAGUGUAAGCUGCAAACCCUGCUGACCUCCCAGACGGCUCGGUCCUUUGUGAUGAGUCUGCUGGAGUGGACCGAGGCGCGCUCACAGGUCGUCAACAACAACCACGCUGUGCUCGUUGUCCUGAAUAAGGAAGAAGGUGCAGGACUGGGCUUUAGUGUUGCCGGCGGUGCCGACGUUGAGCAGAAACAAAUAACUGUCCACCGGGUCUUCGCUAAGGGAGCAGCUAGCCUCGAGGGAACCAUUCAAAGCGGUGACGCCAUUUUAUCCAUAAACGGAGCGAGUCUGGAGGGUAGAACCCAUGUGGAAGCUGUGUCCUGCCUCCAUCAGACCAGGUUCUCCAAGCAGGCUGUAGUCGUCAUAUCGAGGAGUGAGGACAGCGAGCUGAAGAUCCAGUCCACUCCAAGAACCUGAGUCCUACAGAAAAUAAGUGUGGAAGCUCGGGCUUGA